UGCCAGGCCUGAUGUCUAUCCCCCGGAGCCCCACUUCUAGUGAGGAUGAGAUGGCCCAGAGUUUUUCUGAUUACUCAGAAGACUGCGCUUCUGAAAGCUCCCAUGAAGAAACCAUUUAUGAAACUAUAAGGGCCACUGCUGAGCCAUCGCCACUCCACAUGGACGACAUCCACAUAAACUCUCUGGUCAUUCGUGUUAUCAUCCCUGACCUGCAGCAGACGAAAUGUAUGCGGUUCAACCCUAACGCAACAGUCUGGGUUGCCAAGCAGCGGAUCCUGUAUACACUUAAUCAGAGCCUGAAGGACGUGCUCAACUAUGGGCUUUUCCAGCCUGCUAUCAGUGGGAGCGAUGGCAAGUUCCUGGACGAAGAACGUGUCCUACAAGAGUACCCUCAACCAAUCAGCAAAGGUGUUCCAUGUUUGGAGUUUCGCUACAAGAGCCGAGUCUACAGGCAGUCCAAUUUGGAUGAGAAACAAAUUGCCAAACUUCAUACGAAGGCCAAUCUGAAGAAGUUCAUGGACCUUAUACUCCACAAUCAGGUGGACAAAGUUUCUAAGAUGUUAGAGAGAGGCCUUGAUCCCAACUACCAUGACAGUGACACUGGUGAGAGCCCUUUGACCUUUGCAGCACAUCUGGAUAACGUGGUGGAGAUGAUCAAGGUUCUUAAGAAUGGAGGUGCUCACUUGGACUUCAGAGCCAAAGAUGGUAUGACAGCCCUCCAUAAAGCAGCACGUUGCAAGAACCAGGUUACACUCACGACACUGUUGGAGCUGGGGGCAUCUCCAGACUACAAGGACAGCCGUGGUCUGACUCCUUUGUUUCACAGCGUGGUUGUGGGGGGAGACCCAGGUUGCGGUGAGCUCCUUUUGAAUCAUCACGCCUCUGUGUGCUGCCAGGAUGAGAAUGGAUGGCAUGAAAUUCAUCAGGCCUGCCGACAUGGACAUGUGCAGCACCUGGAGCAUCUACUGUUCUAUGGAGCAGACAUGAGUGCUCAGAAUGCCUCAGGAAACUCUGCCCUACAUGUCUGUGCGCUAUAUAACCAGGAUAACUGUGCCAGAGUGCUGCUUGUUCGUGGAGCUGAUAAAGAAGUCCGGAACUACAACAGCCAGAGUCCUUUUCAGGUUGCAAUUAUUGCUGGAAACUUUGAUCUUGCUGAACUUAUCAAGAACCACAAAGAGAGUGACAUAGUGCCUUUCCGUGAGGCUCCAGCAUAUUCCAAACGGCGCCAAGGUCCAUCAUCUGUGAGUCAGUACCAGCAGCACGGUUCACCGAGCAACUGGGCACCCCGUCUACAGCAACACCCAAACAGGGCCAACCAGCAGGGUCACUCGCAGCCUGGCUCCUCAGCAUUACAUCGCAGCCUGUCACCCCAGCUGCUUCAGCAGAUGCCCAGCGGCAGCGCCAAUGGCAAUGUGGUGGUUCGGACCAUGGGAAAGGGGGCAAGAAGCCGGUCACCCUCCCUCAGCCGGCUGGGGGAAGAGACCCGACUGGCUAUACCCUCACAGCGCCAACCCAAUCCCAGCAGUCAUGGAGAUGCCCUAGGCACCAGGAGGAAGCUGUACAGUGCGGUCCCAGGGAGACACUUUGUGGUGGUUCGUCCUUACACUGCCCAGGCCGAAGGAGAGCUGAACCUGUAUAAGAAGGAUAGAGUCAAAGUUCUGAGCAUCGGAGAAGGUGGCUUCUGGGAGGGCAGCACCCGCGGCCAGGUGGGCUGGUUCCCAGCUGACUGUGUGGAGGAGAUCCCAGCCAAGGCCACCGAGGAGAGGAGCUAUUCCCGAGCGGACCGUGCUGACAGACGGAAAUUGUUCAGACACUACACUGUGGGCUCUUAUGACAGCUUUGAUGCCUCCAGCGACUGCGUGGUGGACGAGAAGACGGUGGUACUCCAGAAGAAGGAGAAUGAAGGAUUUGGCUUCGUCCUACGAGGGGCAAAAGCGGAUACACCCAUUGAGGAGUUUACUCCCACCCCGGCCUUCCCAGCUCUGCAGUAUCUGGAGUCAGUAGACGAGGGGGGCGUGGCAUGGCAGGCGGGGCUCAGGACGGGGGACUUCCUCAUCGAGGUGAAUCAGGAGAAUGUGGUGAAGGUAGGCCACAGACAGGUGGUCAACAUGAUCCGCCAGGGUGGGAACCGCCUCUUGAUCAAGGUGGUGACAGUAAGCCGGAAUCUGGACCCUGAGGACACAGCACGUAAAAAAGCUCCGCCACCACCAAAGAGAGCUCCCACCACUGCCCUGUCCAUGCGCUCCAAAUCAAUGACGUCCGAAUUAGAGGAACUCGACAAAGUUGAAGAGAUGACGCACGCCCAGAAGACAUCGCCAGUUGAUAUGAAGAUCGCAACAAUCAAGCCUCGGCCAUCAAGUCGCUGCUUGGUUACACCCACUGAACUAAAUUCCAUGUACCAUGACCGCCAGGGAGUAGCAGUGGUUCCACCCACAGUGCCAGGGGCCUUUCUGGGGUUACCAGAGAAGAGCAUGCUGAGGAAGCAAAAAUCUAUAGGUACAACAGAGGAGGAAAAACAGGGAUUCCUUACGCCUCCUCUACUUAAGUUUUCCCGCAGCCUCUCAAUGCCAGAUACUUCAGAGGAUAUCCCUCCUCCCCCAGCCAUUUCACCCCCCUCACCACCUGCCUUCAACUCACCUGCUGGCUCAAAGCCCAAGAGUUACGGUACCACAAGACCCACCUUUACCCAGAACUCACCUAACGCAGUGACGACUAUUAGUAGAACCACAGAUGUUGGUACAUUGAGGCGGGGCUACCACAGACAGAGUUCAGAGCAUUUUGAGAGUACACGCACACGAGGGCGUACGCCAGUGCCCGAAAACCCGUACUCUGAAGUAGGCAAUAAGAAUUUGUAUGUGCCAGCAAAACCAGCCCGAAGGAAGGGCAUGCUAGUAAAACAGUCAAAUGUCGAGGACAGUCCAGAAAAAACAUGUCAUAUGCCAGCAAGCCCCUCGGGCCCAGUUUCCAUGCCUACUACACCUGUUGAGCGAACAUGCUCUUCCAUCCCCAUUCCUACCAUCAUUGUCAAGGAACCAUCCACCAGCAGCAGUGGCAAGAGCAGUCAGGGUAGCAGUAUGGAGAUUGAGCCCAGCACUCCGGAACACCCAUCUCUAAUGCCAACUGUUGGUGGAAGUGGUGGUCUGCGUCCUGAAGACCCAGCGUCUUUAGGCAACCCAUUUGCAGCAGCUAUUGCUGGUGCGGUGCGGGACCGAGAGAAGAGACUCGAGGCAAAAAAACACUCUAUUGCCUUCCAGUCAAUAGAUAUGGGGGAUGAUGACUUAAUUGGUCCUACCCCAACACCUCGCCUUCGCCAGUCAAAGUCCAUCGAUGAGGGCAUGUUUGGUAGUGACGAGCGACUCCGAAGGAUGAUGGCUCCACUAGUGCACCUUGGACCACCUGUUGGAGGAGGCAGUGGAAACAUGACAGAUUUUAACACUCCGGAGCCUACCGUUGUUCGGGAGCCACUAAAUACUAAAACAGGACAGUGUCCUAAUCUAGAUAGCCCUGUUAGUCUCCCAGCUACUCCUCCAAAGAGCCGAUAUAGGGCCAAUGGGACCUAUCUUCAUCCUGUCACUGGUAAACCUCUGGACCCUAAUUCUCCUCUAGCUUUGGCCCUCGCGGCUCGUGACCGAGCAAUGAAGGAACAACAAAAUCAUCAUCAAAAUCAGCAACAAAAUCCUCCUCAGGUUCUGCAAACUCCCAAACACGAAGCUCAGUCCCUCCCCCUGCAGCCAAGCCACAAACUAGACCUCAACCAGCCUCUCUUUAUCGAUACCAAGUUGCGGUCUGGGAUUGAGACAAGUUUUGCGUCAAUCUCCUCGGCAACCAUGGGCCGUCCAGGGCGAGGUGGCUUGCGCAGGCAAAUGACUGAACAGAAAUACGAGUCUGAUGUGGCUCGGGAGGAGCGACAGCAUCACGUAGUUGAGGAGAGGAAAAGUGCACCUGCAGAUGUGGCUGACACACCUAAGUCAGCUGGGCUGUUAAUGGUUCACACCAGCACAGAAAUAAGCAACAAGGUAAAUAACCAAGAGUUGGAAGGACAGGAUAGCAACAGGCCAUCUGAGCUGAAAGACCCCAAUCAACCUGAUCCUCGCAGUGGCCAAACAUUGUCUAUUAAUGCCCAGCCCUCUUCAACACGAAGACGUAGUAUUCCUUUAGGAGAAUCCUUGGAUGAACCUGUGAAGCUACCUUUCCGGAUCCCCCCUCCUCCGCUAGCGUCAGUUGACAUUGAUGAGGAUUUUGAUUUCACAGAGCCACUCCCACCUCCUCUAGAGUUUGCAAACAGUAUUGACAUCCCCGAUGACCAGGCUAGUGUGAUUGCACAGAUGCUCCAGCAACAGAGAAGGAAUGGUGGUCCUCUACUACCCCAAUACAAUGUCCAUGCCCCUCUACUUGUCACUGAUCAACACAAACGGGUGACGAACAGUAUGGCCCCUUCAUAUCCUCCUCCUCCGCCAGACCCAGAGUCAGGGGUAGGUGACUCUGGUAUUGAAGAGGUAGACAGCCGCAGCAGUGGAGACCCUCAGCACAUGGAGACCACCAGCACCGUGUCAAGCAUCUCCACCCUUUCGUCAGAAGGAGGCUACUGUGAAACCACUCUGGAGAGCCUUUAUGCUACUGCAGAUGGGCAUUCCUUCCUAGUGGAUAGACCUCCUGUACCACCCAAACCCAAAGGCAAAUCAGUCAUCAACAGAACCUCGCUUUACCAUGAUGCCCUAAUUGAAGAACCACCUGAAUCUUAUGGGUCACCACCUCAGGCUAGUGCUGCUCAUACUUUAUCCUCUGAACCUCCUAGGACGCCCACUCAAAGGACAUCAAAGCUGUGGGGUGAUCAACCUCCUGAGCUUCAUAGCCCUCCAUCUACACCAGACGCCAAGAACACAGUUAUCACAGAGUUGAGUUCCAUUCUGCAACACAUGAAUCGCGAUAGACCACCCAAAUCAGGAGAAAGCCUGGACUCCCCCACAGGAAACCAAGGGGACUUUGGAACAAGGAUGCCCUCAAACGACUCAGGAAAACGUAACAACGCCACCGCUGCUGCCGCCCUUACUUCCACGCCUCCGAGCAGCCUUCCUUCUCAGACACACCCCUGCAGCCCUCCAGACUCCGCCUCCUCCCUCACCCCCUGCUCUUCGCUGCCGCCCUCGGUGUCGCCCACACUCACAGAUGUCUUCGGCCUGCCCACCCCACCCAUGGGCAGCGGUGGAGGUUACAGUCUGAGCUCGUCGUGCGGCGGGAGCGGGAGCUCACGUUCGCCGUCACCACUGACUCUCAUGCAGGCGGCUUCGGGAAAGCCCUUCGCCUCCAAGCCCGUGGAGCUGUGGAGCAAGUAUGACGUGGCCGACUGGUUGGAGAGCCUUCACCUAGGAGAGCACAGAGACGCUUUCCUGGAUAAUGAAAUCGAGGGUGCCCACCUGCCCUCUUUGCAAAAAGAAGACUUGAUAGACCUGGGCGUCACGAGGGUGGGCCACCGCAUGAACAUCGAGAGGGCCCUCAAGCUGCUGCAGGACAGAUAAGCCCAGAGGACAGCGAAGCAGCAGAGGACAGCGAAGGGAAGGUCACACUCGGAGCACGGGGGGCAGGAGAUCUCUUUGUACGACACACGCUCCAGUCAAGUUAUCCAAGUUGAGGAUAAGGGACUGUCUCUGGAACAGUGGGUCCUCAAACUGUGGAAGUAAUUUAUUUCUCAAGACUUGUGCUCAUCCAACUACAGCUUUGGAAUACUACUGACCUUUUCCAUGUGCCCCACGUGUGGGUGCAUGAAAACCAGCUGAGCUGGUAUUUUUUUCUUCUUCUUCUUUUUGAUCCUUUUCUAUCUUUGCUAGAGAAUAAUAUGAGAAUAUUUCUUCACUAGAGUCCUACCGGAGUUAUAUUUCUGGGUGCAUCUAAGGUUGUAGAGAAACACUUUUGCUUUUCACCUGUUUUUGUUCACGUUUGAAUUCCUAACUAGUGGCCACAACAAGCACAUACUCACUUACUGCACACAAAUCCAUGCGUAAGAAGACACGGUCUUCACAGACAUGGACAGACGAAGCAUGAAUACACACACUGUCACUGCAAUCGCCUUCUCCUCGGAGAGUAGAGUGAGGACUGACGUGGUCGUUAGAGCCGAAGCUCCUGCAAUGUGGCACCAAGCCAGCCAAAGGCCAGCACCCUUAGUGAUGCCAUCAAACGCUUCAACCAUAUUGGAGCAGUUCACCUGGAUCAAGUCACAUCAGCUUGUCUGGAGACAAAAGGGUACCUUGUCAUCUUUUGGUUUGUGCGCGCAUGUGUGUGUGUGGUUGAUACACAUUAAGGACAUUCCCAAAAGAGAAGCGAAAGCUUCACUUUUUCACUCUUUUUCUUUUCUUUUUUUUACUUUUCAACCUAAUUCCUUCCACUGGACAGAACUGUGUAUCCCUGCGAUGUUGACCUCCCAGAUGCAAAGUUUAGUUCAGUAGCGAUCUUCAAGCAACAAUUUGACUGAUCAGUUGAUGGCGGAAGAAGGAGAUGCAUGUUACAGAGAAAGUAAAACAGAAGGCAAGUUGGGGGAAAAAAUGAAUAUUUCAGUGUGAAUUGUCAUGCAUCUAAAUCGUGUCUCCAACACAUGACUCUGUACACCAUAGGUCCAGAAGUAUUGGAAACAUAACAGGGGUUUUUUUUCAUGAUUUUGCAAUUACAGUACACAAUUCAAAAUGAAAAAUCAAGGUGUUGGAUAGAUGUAGACUUUCAGCUUUACCAGUUACCGUUUCGGAAUUAGACUCAUUUUAGGGAAAGUUCAUUCAUUUUGAGAGGGUUAAAAGAAUUUGGACUAACAAGAGGUUCAUUUUUCAGGUAUAGUACAUUCUGUCGUUACUUCAACAAAAAUGAAGCAGACAAUUUCAGAUCAGAAUCAGAAUCAUCUUUAUUUGCCAAGUAUGUCCAAAAAACACAAGGUAUUUUUCUCCGGUAAUUGGAGCCACUCUAGUACGACAACAGACAGUCAAUUGACAGAGAACACUUUUGAGACAGAAAGACAUUGAGAAUAACAGUCACUGAGCAAUUAAGGGUUGCUAGUUAUCUGGUAAUGCCGGUACAUGUUUUAUUUUUAUUUUUAUUUUUUUGACAAUUGUGCAAAAAGAUGCAGAGUCCUCUAGCACUUAGAGCAGUUCGAAUGACUAAUAUUGCAAUAGUCCGGUUCAAUGACCAUUGUGCAAAGGGUGCAGAGACUUCAAGCGAGUACUGCGAUAAUCUGUGACAAUGUUGAUUGUGCAAAUGUUGCAGAUACUCCUCAGUCAGUGUGCAAAUAGAGCAGAUGCUACUCUGGCAUGAGUGGCCAGUAUUGGUCAACAACAGAUAUGCAAAUAGUGCAGCGUGGCGAGACUACUACAGUGAGUGCACGAGUAAUAUAUAAUUGGGCCCACAGAAAUGUGACAACAAACUCAAGACAAAAAGACAAAAAAUUGCCAGCAUGUUGUAAUGGAAUUGUAGGUAAGGUGUUUAAGAAGUUGAUUGCAAGAGGGAAGAAGCUGUUGGAAUGUCUGCUAGUUCUAGUUUGCAUUGAUCGGUAGCACCUAACUGAGGGAAGGAGCCGGAAGAGCUGGUGACCGGGAUGUGGAAGGUCCGGAAGGAUUUUGCACGCUCUUGUCUUAGUUCUGGCAGCGUGCAAGUCCUCAAGCGUGGGUAGGGGGGUAACGACAAUCUUUUCAGCAGUUUUGAUUGUCCGUUGCAAUCGGAGUUUGUCCUUUUUUGUAGCAGCACCAAACCAGACUAUGAUGGAAGAACACAGGACUGAUUCGAUGACCGCUGUGUAGAACUGCCUCAGCAGCUCCUUUGGCAGGCCGUGCUUUCUCAGAAGUACAUCCUCUGCUGGGCCUUUUUGAGGACGGAGUUGAUGUUGAUCGCCCACUUCAGGUCCUGAGAGACUGUAAUUCCCAGGAACUUGAAGGUCUUGACGGUUGACACAAGGCAACUGGACAGCGUGAGGGGCAGCUGUGGCGAAGGAUGCCUCCUGAAAUGCACGAUCAUCUCUACAGUCUUGAGCGUGGUCAGCUCCAGGUUGUGUCGGCCGCACCACAGCUUCAGCCGCUCCACUUCCUGUCGAUAUGCAGACUCGUCACCGUCUUUGAUGAGGUCGAUGACAGUGGUGUCAAACUUCAGGAGUUUGACAGCCGGGUGCGUUGAGGUGCAGUCGUUCGUGUCGAGAGAGAAGAGCAGUGGAGAGAGGACACAACCUUGGGGUGCCCCAGUCCUGAUGCUGCAUGUGGAUGAGGUGGCCUCCCCCAGCCUCACCUGCUGUGUCCUGCCCAUCAGGAAGCUGUAAAUAGCACUGGCAGAUGGCAGGUGAGACGCUGAGCUGGAGAAGCUUGGAGGAAAGGAGUUCAGGGAUGAUGGUGUUGAACACUGAGCUGAAGUCCACAAACAGGAUCCUCGCGUAAGUUCCUGCACUGUCGAGGUGUUCUAGGAUGAAGUGCAUUCCCAUGUUGACUGCAUCAUCCGCAGACCUGUUUGCUCAGUAGGCAACUGCAGGGGGUCCAGCAGGGGGCCUGUGACACUCUUGAGGUGGUCCAGCAUGAGAUGUUCAAAGGACUGUCAAGGCGACAGGCCUGUAGUCAUUUAGACCCGAGAUAGCAGGUUUCUUGGGGACUGGAAUGAUGGUGGAGCGUUUGAAACAGGAUGGUACUUCGCACAGUUCCGGAGACCUAUUGAAGAGCUGAGUGAAGACUGGAGCGAGCUGGUCCGCGCAGACUUUGAGGCAGGAUGGGGACACAUGGUCUGGGCCUGCUGCUUUGUUAAUCUUUUGUUGCUUGAAGAUGCGUCUCACAUCCUGUUAGCGGAUGGUUAACGCAGAAGUCGGUGAUGUGAUAGUGGUCGGUGGUGCGGCUGGGUGGGUGUGGGGUAUGCAAGUGUGCUUUUCAAAUCUUCAGUAGAAGGUGUUCAAGUCGUUGGCUAGUGUGCGAUUGUUCUCAGCUUGGGGGGAUCGUCGCUUGUAAUUAGUCAGCGAUUGGAAAGCAUGCCAGACUGAUUUAGAGUUGUUAGCGCUAAACUGUUUUUCCAACUUUGCUGCAUAGUUCCUCUUAUCCAAGCUGACUUUGGGUGGGAGGCGGGGUACACCUGAACUGGUUGGCAGCCAUUUAUAUUAAACAUGAUGUUUAUAGUUUGUGUCACUUUGUCCAAAUACCUUUAAGCCAUUCAAAAUGCAGGUACUCUGCAUACAACAAUUGUAAUUCUGAAAUGGUGAAUGAAUCUGUGUCACUCGUUCUUUCCAUUUUCAAUUGGUAAUCAAAAAAUGAAAGCUUAUUUUGUUAUUAGUCACUAAGGUGUAGCGGUAAAAUUGACUGACUUUGGUGCAGGCACAGUGGGUUUAGUUCCCACUCAGUGAUGUUGUGAAACUAACUGUGAAUAUUUGUUUGUCUUAAUACGUGCUACGUGAUUGACUGGCGACCAAUCCGGUGUGUAGUCCCUCCACGUUUCGUCCGAAGUCUCCAGCUAUCCAUGACCCUUAACUGAAAAAGUGAUAUAGAAAGUGGAUGGAUAGUGUGUUGUUGUUUUUUUCCUCAUACACCCAAAAAAAUUAUAAAAUGCCUGAUUUUUCAUUUUUUUAUUUUAGGAUCAGAUCGUUUCUCCUCACUAGGGUCGCGGGCAUGCUGGAGCCUAUCCCAGCUAUCAUCGGGCAGGAGGCGGGGUUCACCCUGAACUGGUCGCCAGCCAAUCGCAGGGCACAUACAAACAAACAACCAUUCGCACGCACAUUCACACCAAUGGGCAAUUUAGAGUUUUCAAUGAACCUACCAUGCAUGUUUUUGGGAUGUGAGAGGAAACCGGAAUGCCCGGAGAAAACCCACGCAGGCACAGGGAGAACAUGCAAACUCUACACAGGCGGGGCCGGGAUUUAAAACCCGGUCCUCAGAACUGUGAGGCAUCAAGUCUGCCUUCAAAAGUUUGGCUCUCUGUGGUUAUCUGCCAUUCCACUUAAACAUGACAUUUUUUCCAAAUAUGACAUUGAAGCGUGUGUGGUGCAAUCUAUUAGUUUGUCUGAGAUGUUGAAAAGGUUUCUCGGGGUUUAAUCGACUUCAUUCAGAAUGAAGAAAAUUAAUCAAAAUGUAAUCAAAUGUAACUAGUUAUAUUACUUUCGAGAAAAAUAUUGAAAUAUUUACGCUAUUACGUUUUCAACAGAGUAACUUGUAAUUUGCGACCAACUACAUUUCCAAAGUAAUUUUCCCAACACUGGAUGUAAUGCACUUAACACUUCAAACAUGUUUGUCCUUGAUAUAAUAUCGCUGAUGGAUUAUUUGAUGGAUGGUGGUUGUGAUCGUGGCGGCAAAUAAGCUCACGUAGCUUUACUCAUGGUCGUUGUAAGCCCAACCAACCAUUUAAAUAUAAAAAUCAAAUUCUCCAUUUUGUAUCUUUGAUCUGAGUCCAAAAUUUACAGUGAUAGAAAAAUGAUAGAUGGAUUGAACGUGUCAUAUUGUUCCACUUCACUCACAGUUUUUCCCAAUCCAUUGUCGGGCUGUAUAAAGGCAAAAACAUAAAAGCUCUUGCCAUUGACCAAAUACUUCUGGACCGAAAUGUUACAGAAUUCUGUACUAUUUAUGACAAUGGUACUAUCGUUAUAUAUUUAAUAGUUAGCCUUUGUCAAACACAAAGGACACUUGUCACGUGACAUCAGAUCACUUCUGCUCAAUCACUCCUAUGGUGUAUAUUUACUUCCACUUCCUGUAUAUCCAGAUUGUAUUAAUCACUAACGAAAGGUAAAGCGGUCAUUAUUUUAUUUUUGAAAGUGUGUGAUCAUAGACUUGGGCCCAACUGUCACAGCUGAUCAAGGGAAGAAACAUGCUGUUCCUCCUUCCAGAGUCUUGUUCACAAACUAAACAAGCACUGUUGUGAAACUUAACAUUCUAUACUGGCAUGCCAGUCACUCUAUUUACUCAAGUGGUUUGCAGUCUUUACUGAAGAUGUUUACAGUACACAGUUGUAAUGCUACUGGAAGUUGGUUUCAGCUUGUCUUUUGAUCAGCACAUUUAUUCAAGACAAAAUAAUUAGUGAUAUGCCAUGGUAAUAAUAAAACAUAACUAGUCUCACUUUCCCUUUGAGAAAAGAUUUCUUUGCGUUUCAUCUCAACAAAUACUGGGAGUGGAAUUGAAUAGAUUACAUAGUGAUCCGAUGUCACUAUGAAGAGUUAAGUUCCCACGUGACGUAUUAACAAAACAUUUUGGGGCAUUAUGUCAGUGGAGCCAGAUGUGAGCUUAUUUUGAUCUAAAUAUGAUUUAAUAUAUAUAUACUUCUGACUUAUAAUAAACUCAUAUUUUUGUGUUAUAUCUAAAAAAAAAAAAUCAUAUUUAUACAAAAGCUAUAUUUAGAUUAAAUGACAUUUUGAAUAAUCAAGCUGGUGAUAUACAGUUGAAACCAGAAGUUUACAUACAGCAUAUAAAAACUUUUUUUUCUCACUAUCUGACAUGAAAUCAGGAUAAAAUGUCCCUAUUUUAGGUCAAUUAGGAUUAGCAAAAUUUUGUAUAUUUGCUAAAUGGCAGAAUAAUGUGAGGGUCUAUCAACAUUGUUGUUUGUUUGCAAAAUAGAGUGCUGAGUUUUCAUUUUAACAUUUGAGAUCUGGUUAAUUGCUGGGUUUUUUUGUUGGUUUGGUUGGUUGUUUUUUUGUUUUGUUUUUUGUUACCAGGGUUGAAAACAGAAUUGGCAAAGGUGAAUUUAUCCAUAGACAGAUAUUUUUUUAUGAUAGCAUAUCGAACUCUCAUAUACUGGUACUUUGAUUCAGGCUGCAACUGCGUCCAACAUUACAAGGUUGAUGCAAUAAAAACGUUAAAAUGACAAACAAACGAUAUUAACGAUCUCACGGAAAUGUUAUUUUGAAAAUAUGGAAAUUCAAACAAAUUUGGACCAAUUGUUCUGGAAGUGAAUUUUUAUAGAUUGGCAGCUCUAGUGUAUAUAAACAUUUGGUUUCAAAUAUAAAUCCAUGAAAAGCCUCAAGAUGACUUACCUGUAUAUCCAAUGUAUUCCUAAACGAUGCUGCAAUAAAAAGAUCAAUUUCAGUGAUGUGGCGCAAAGAAAUCAAAGUAGUAGGAUGCACACGCUUAGUAGAGGUUUGUCUUUAGGGAUAAACAGUGUAAAUAUUCCUCUCCGAGACAGGCUCAUGGCUUGCAAGUUGCCUGGAGGACUUGAUUUUCACAAUAAAGUAUCCCUUGUCGGCUUCAGGGUUUUAUGCUGAAAGAGUGUUAAAACACAUACAUACACUCUCUACCCUGCCCUCUAACCAUUGCAAGAAAUACGCCGACACAGAUGGCAGAUGUUUUCAUCCGUAUGGAUUAGACGAAAGCAUAUAUUGUAAACUGGAUCGCUUUUUAUUAUGAUAGAAGUGCCACGGUUACGGGCUGAGAAGUAAAACGCCAGUACAGUGUUGAAAUGUGUAUAUAAGAGUGUUUUAACAGAAGUAAGUAACCAUGUCUAAUUGAGUGCAUGUAUAGAAGUAUUUAAAGGCUUGGAGUGGCAACAAUCCAAGGAAGUUUCCUUUCUGACCGACCUGAUGGCCAAAGCAGCGCCCUAUCAUCCUAGUGAGGAUGCCUUAAAUGAGGUCCCAGGUCCCUUUGGUUCAGUACCCAACGGCUCUGUUUACGCCGAAGCCAAUUCUUUCAGAGUGCAUUCGAUACACUUGAAAACCCAAUGUUCCGCAAAGAGAUGCACAGUACAGUUAGUAUUAAAGAAAGUUAACUUCUUUGGUUUCAUCACCCGCUCGGCUGCAAAGGCCAAGGUGCAGCCUUUGAGGACUUUACAAACGCUCUGUGUUCUGUGAACAUUAGCGGGAGAGAGGCUGGCACGGGACAAUGCUGCUAUAAACCUGUAACUUAUUUUCAAACAAACAGUGACGUGCGAGCAGGGGUCGAAAAGCACAGUAUUUUUAAAAAUUUGUAUAGAGUUCUAUGACAUUUUCUAGAGAUUAUCUUGAAAAAAAGAUGUUCGACACUGUUGUGUGGAUUUGCCAAAUACAGAAAUAUUAUAUCGAUACAACCAUGGAUAUUAUCAUUAGACUUAUGGGUUAUGUAAGAAGCAAUAUUUAUUCGGAAUGAAUCUCCUUUGCUGUGUUUUAUUUUUCCAUUUUAAAGUGACAUAUCACGUUUGUCUGUAUUUCACUGAAGUGUUGCCUAGAUGCAGUCUACUCAUGUGGUAGAUUUCAGAUAUGUUGGCCAAUCAAGUGACCACAAAAACCAGGUAUCUUCUGACCGCAACUUGCCUAUCUUAUCAUUUUAUAAAAAUCCCUGAAUCAAGAGUGAAACUUGUGUAUUUAAAAAAAUAAAUAAAUAAAUGUACAUUUUUAAUGUAUGUCUGCAGGCCACCAUAGUAGGAAACUGAAAGAAACAUACAUAAAUCCACCAAAAAAAUUAGGUGUGGCUGUUGUUUACUCUCAGUGGGUCAGCAGGUCACUAAACAGUGUUCUGUGUUAAAAUGUAGAGCUGAGUAGAUGUAGUAAGAAUCUUUAGGAGUGUCACCAGCCAGGUUUAGGACAAACAUGGCUCACUAUACCCACUUCCACUCCCCCUUUUAACGCUGCUCCCACUAUUCUCAUUGUUCAACAUUUGGCUGACCCUUUCUGUCUUUUUCUGAACUUAUUUUGGUUUCAUUAUUAGAUUUUGUUCUUUAUUAAGUCUUUAUAUAGACUAAGAUGUUUUCAGUAAUUUGUGCAGAUUUGUGUUUGUUUUUCUAUGUUGCUGUAAUUUUGUGCUUCAAUCAUCAUCAUAGAGUCAACUAAUUACUGAAAUGAAUAGAGAAUAUUGCGGUAAGUGCACUCUUCAUUCCCCCCCAAAUCCUCAAGAAUUCUUGUACGCCAACCAAAAGUCACUGUAAGAAAUAAAUAUAACAUUGCACUAA